AUGUACCAAGGAUCACAUUGUUCAAAAUACCUUCAAGGUAAAAAUGUUUAUAUUCCAGCCAAUUCUUCACAGGCACUUAUUGAAGGAAACCUAAGCUCAGCUUUUAAAGUAAUUUCACGAUCUACUGAUAUGACUCCUGGUUGUGCAAAAUAUGCUCUUCCUUCCAUUUGUCAUACUGCAUAUCCGUUAUGUAGAAAGGAUCGGACCAUACCUAAGCCAUUGCUUGUGUGCCAAGAGGACUGUGAACUAUUGGAAAACGACAUUUGUAGUCAAGAGCAUGCAAUCGCCAAAAAACAUCAUUUGCUUGGGCGUUUUGUUAAUUUACCUAACUGUUCUUCUUUACCAAAAACUGAUUGUUUUGAACUUGGUAUUGAAAAACCAGAAGUUAACGAAGAUGAAAAGUGUUAUUGGGGACUAGGAGUAUCAUAUCGUGGCACAAUAUCAUCAUAUCAAAAUCUAUCGUGUGUCCGUUGGAGUCAGCAAUUAAUUGUAAAAACAUCUGAUUAUAAGGAACUACAGGGAGGUCAUCGUUUCUGCCGAAAUCCAGGAUCUGAAGAAAGUGAACCUUGGUGUGUUGUUGAAAUGCCAGACACAGGGCAAAUGAAAAAAGUGAUAUGUGAUGUACCACAUUGCAUGAGAACUCUUCAAUUACCAAUUUUCAUCGUAAGCACAGUCAGUAUUUCUUUAUUUGUUGUACUGGUGAUAAUGCAAGACAUUGUAAAAG